AUGGAAGGUAAUAUCAAACUUCAACUACUUUUUCUUAAGCAACCAGUGUACAAAAAGUUGAUCAAGGACCUAAUGGAGCUCUGGCCUGUCGUCACUGACAAUGAAGAAGCCGCGGAAAUCAAACGACAGAGUCUACGGGCGCUACGAUUUGGCAGCUAUUCCUUUAUUGCCGUAAAUAUGUUCGGAGGGAUAUUUUAUAACGGCACGCCUGUAGCUAUCCAUUUCUACAGGACAUUACACGGAAUUCCCUCAGAUCUUGGCUAUGCUUGGAAUACUGUCUAUCCUUUGGACAAAACCAAGCCCGUUUAUCAUGAACUGACAUAUUUAUAUGAGACGUACACGACAAUGAUGGUAGCUGUACUUGCUAUGGCAGGGUCAGAUUUGUUAUUCACCUCCAUAUCGAGCCACAUCACUUUACUCCUGCGUCUUCUUCAGCUAAAAAUACGGAGUUUGGGAACCGAACCGAACGAGUUUUCUGGCCCCGUAGAUUGUUAUGAAGAAACCAUAUCUGCAAUCAAAAUUCAUCAAAAACUUGUUAGUUACACUAACGACGCGGAGGCUCUAUUUUCCCUGUUGAAUUUGGUUAAUGUUCUUUUGAGCUCUUUUAUUAUCUGUUUUGUUGUUUUUAAUAUCGUGACACUAAGGAACGCAUAUUCUUACUUCGCGCUGUUGUACACCAUGUAUAAACAAUAA